AGUACAGUACGGGUUUCUCUCGGAUUGCUGCAGUGUUUUUGUUGUACCGCUUCUUUUUUUUCUUUUUCAUUCUUUUUCAUUUCUUUCAUUUUUUUAGCUCUUUCGUUCCUUACCAGUUCUACGCGUGGUCCGGUGUCUGUCUGUUUGUUUGGGAGUUUGACCAGUUGGUUUUACGAGGUUUACUCUGCGAGUAGGGAAGGGAGAGAGAGAAAGAGAGAGAGAGAGAGAGAGAGAUUGUUUGAUUCUUGGUAAUCUGGGGUGCACUUCAACUCUCCCUUUACGAUGGAAGGUGUCGCCUCGAUCCAUAGUCUGGAAUCUGCAGAGUGCUCUUUGGAAGCAGUAGAGACUACGACGGAUCAGACACCAUCAUCACACUCACCCCCAUCUUCACAAGAUCCACGGAAACCUCCAUCUCCCCUCAAACGAUCAAACUCUCCAAGGACCUCCCCCGAAACUCUUCAGCACACCCGUUCAUCAUCCAUCACAACAUCGGUCCCGACACGCAAACGCCUCUCAUUAUCAUUCCCAAUCCUCCCGGCCAGUUCGACCCCGCGAAAUGCAUCACCCGUGACAAACUCGCCGCCAAGUUACACCUUUCAUGCCCCAACUCCCGGGAUCGAAGACAUAACGCCCGACGAUCCCAUGGCAUUUCUGACAGCCCUGGCGGCGCAGGAGCGUCGGGUACUAGAACUAAAAGAAGAGCUCGGGAAAGCUGAAACCGAGCUGGGGAGGAUGAAGAGGCAGUGGGCGGUACACGAGGCCACGCGGAAGUUCCACGACGUAGCUCCUCCGAUUGGAAGACUUCGGCCACUGGAUACCAGCGUGACAUGCGAUGACCGGGAGAAGAUAGUCUCCCCAACGAGGGAGCAGUAUAACGCCCGGAAGGCCACGCUGAACAGUCUAAAUGGCGCGGGGGCUAGGAAGGUGUUGCCAUCGCAGAGACAUCAGAGGACUCUGUCACUGCUUUCGACCGAUAGGAAUGUUUACAAGCAGCCGUUUGCUCAACCGAGUGAUCUUGCUGACGGUAGUCCUACGUCGGAUCACCUACCCGGUGUAAGGCGCAGUCAGACAUUUGCUCAGACCUCCACGCCGCUCUCUAGCUCUGCUUCUGCCACACCUAGACCCCUAUCAAUGAGCGACUUCCCACGGUCUGCAGGACAGAAGGGUCAAGAAGCACUACUUAGGACGGGCAAGCAGAUGGCAGAAGACUUCAAGGAGGGUCUAUGGACCUUCAUCGAGGAUCUUCGCCAGGCUACCGUCGGCGAUGAAGGCAUUCACUCCUCGGUGAACCAAACCGGGAUCCGCGCAUCGACAAUCACACCCCAGGACCCCAACAACCUCACCAGCACCACCGCCAGGCCCCUGAAUAAGAAAUCCUCAAGGGCGAGCCUUCGUAGCAUAACCCCCCAAAAGAUGUCCCGCGAGAACUCCAAAGCCCCUUCAACCACCAAAGAAAGGGAAACCGAAAAACUAAUAGAUUUCUCACCCACUGACGAAAACCCCAAAUCACCUCGCUGGAGCACAACCUCCACUGUCCUCUCCGAAGCCACCGGCACCAUAACUCCCCCCUCGCGCUCCAGCACGCCGCGGACUUCGACUAGGUGCUUCCCCUCCCAUGUCCUGUAUAUGCAGUGCAAAGCUAACCUGUGAACCCAGCUCAACGGUGUCAAACAACCCCCUCUGGUCCUCAGUAAUAAACACCACCCAAUUCAGCCUUAAAAAGACCGCUACGGCAUUGAUCACUAGCGUCGAGAAGAGUCUUGCCCCGCUGCCGAACGAAACGGCGACGACGGGGUUUUAUGCCCCGGGAAAUGACGUGGGACACUUGAGGAGUCGGUCAGGGUCGCCGGGGGUUGAGAGUAAAAACGCUUGAGUGUUGUGUCUGUGUUUGCAGGGAUGUAAAGAUUGAGGUGGGAGAAUGGGUGAAUUUCUUUUGCCGGAUGAGAGUUGGGAAGGGCGUAAUAGCGUUUUGAUAUCCGUGGACAUGGAGAUGGAUACGGGCACGGACAGGACUUGGGCGGUGGUGGUGGUGUGGAACCGGUUGGGCUGGGUGGGAAGUUUCUUUUGUCGCCUGACGGGAAUGGGUGGACGAUAUUUCUCAGUGCACAAUCACCAGAGCACGGCUUUGGCGGGUACAAUGUCACUAGGAGGGGGAGAAGGAUGCGACCGAUAGAUGGAUGGAUGGAUGGAUAAUGAACGUUUUUUUUCUCACGGUCGUUCCCUUUCCUAGUAUAUUGACGACGGACGCUACUUGUACGCUUUUUUUUCGUCAAGCUAGUGCCAGUGCUAGUUUGAAGGGGAGGAGGGGGAUUCAUUUGUAAUAUUUUGCUAGAUUACGAUUUCUUAUACAUCAUAUUACACUUUACAAAAGAAGGGAGGGGAGGGAAGUUUUGUUUUAUAACAUUAUACCGUGGGGAAAUUGAUACUAGUCGAUUGU